ACCCUUCACGGCCAUCCCUCUCGGCUUCCGUCCUCCAUCUGCGCUCGCCGGAGCCUGUUCGCGUCGACUGACCAGAGUCCGCGAAUCGCCCGCUCCGGCCUCCUGACCUCCCAGACCCGGCCGGCUGACCUUCGAGGGCCAUCAGAACCAUGUCUCUGCAUCAGUUUCUGCUGGAGCCGAUCACCUGCCACGCCUGGAACAGGGAUCGCACCCAGAUCGCCCUUAGCCCCAAUAAUCAUGAAGUGCACAUCUACAAGAAGAAUGGGAGUCAGUGGACAAAAGCUCAUGAGCUGAAGGAGCAUAAUGGACACAUCACAGGUAUUGACUGGGCUCCUAAGAGCGACCGCAUCGUCACUUGCGGGGCAGACCGCAAUGCCUACGUGUGGAGUCUGAAAGAUGGCAUCUGGAAGCCCACCCUGGUCAUCCUGAGGAUCAACCGCGCGGCCACUUUUGUGAAGUGGUCCCCACUGGAGAACAAGUUCGCUGUGGGGAGCGGAGCCCGCCUCAUCUCCGUCUGUUACUUUGAGUCUGAAAACGACUGGUGGGUGAGCAAGCACAUUAAGAAGCCUAUUCGCUCCACGGUCCUCAGCUUGGACUGGCACCCCAACAACAUUUUGCUGGCUGCAGGGUCCUGUGACUUCAAAUGCAGAGUGUUCUCAGCCUACAUCAAGGAGGUGGAUGAGAAGCCAGCCAGCACCCCAUGGGGCUCCAAGAUGCCCUUCGGGCAGCUGAUGGUGGAGUUCGGCGGCAGCGGCGCUGGCGGCUGGGUGCACGGUGUCAGCUUCUCGGCCAGUGGGAGCCGCUUGGCCUGGGUCAGCCACGACAGUACGGUGUCAGUUGCCGACGCCUCCAAGAGCAUGCAGGUGUCGACUCUGAAGACGGAGUUCCUGCCACUGCUCAGCGUGUCCUUCGUCUCAGAGAACAGCAUUGUGGCUGCGGGCCACGACUGCUGCCCGAUGCUCUUCAGCUACGACGACCUCGGCAGCCUGAGCUUCGUGUCCAAGCUGGAUGUCCCCAAGCAGAGCGUCCAGCGCAACAUGUCGGCCAUGGAGCGCUUCCGCAACAUGGACAAGAGGGCCACCACCGAAGACCGCAACUCCACAGCCCUGGAGACUCUGCACCAGAACAGCAUCACCCAGGUGUCCAUUUAUGAGGUAGACAAGCAGGACUGUCGCAAAUUCUGCACCACCGGCAUUGACGGGGCCAUGAUGAUCUGGGAUUUCAAGACCCUGGAGUCCUCCAUCCAGGGCCUGCGCAUCAUGUGAGGAGCCUCCACCCUGCCCGAGGACCACGGAAACACUGUCGCACUGAUCAAGGAACUCACGUGUGUUCGUGUGUUCUCAUGGAUGUUGGGGGUGGGGGGAGUGUGGGUUUCCGUUCUGUGAAUGUGCUCUCUCUCAUUCCACUUUCUUUGACCACUGUCUCUCUAUGGAGUUCAUUAUGGAAGGCUGUUGCCCUAAGUUGAUUAUGGAAGGUUGUCACACUAACUGAAAAAGCCAGGGAGCCUACAGUUGUCUGCUCAAAAAAAAAAUUAAAGAUCCCAAGUGUGAAAUGUAUAAA